GUCCGGAGGAGUGAGUUAUUAGGCCCCGCCCCAACACUUCGCUCAAUCCAACCUGAAGAUAGGGCGAGUCAGCGGCUACAAAUAUAACUGCUAACACAAGAUGGCCGGUCUGCCUCGUAGGAUUAUAAAGGAGACACAGCGGUUGAUGCAAGAGCCUGUCCCGGGGAUCACAGCUACGCCUGACGACGGGAACGCACGCUACUUCCAUGUGGUCAUCGCAGGUCCUCAAGACUCUCCGUUCGAGGGGGGCACGUUCAAACUUGAACUAUUUCUUCCAGAAGAGUAUCCCAUGGCAGCUCCUAAAGUGCGAUUCAUGACCAAAAUCUAUCACCCCAACGUCGACAAACUUGGAAGAAUAUGUUUAGACAUCUUGAAAGACAAGUGGUCUCCAGCCCUGCAGAUACGCACAGUGUUGCUAUCCAUCCAGGCAUUAUUAAGUGCUCCUAACCCAGACGAUCCCCUGGCAAAUGACGUCGCAGAGCAGUGGAAGAAAAACGAAAGCCAUGCCAUUGAGACAGCCCGAACAUGGACCAGGCUCUACGCGAGCAACACUGAAGUAUAGAGGAAUCGAAGAGGCGUCUGAAUGUGAUCCACAAAAUGUACUCCUACUCUGUCAACCUUUGAAUUUAACGGACACAUAAAAAAAAAAAAGAAAUAAGUCCAAAUAUAUUUGAAAGAAAUGAGAUUUACUGCUGCAGACCCCUGGGUGACUUAUGUUUUCCUCUCUUAAGACGCGUUAAAUGUGUGUUGGCCUUUGUUUUCUUUUUUUGUUUUUCUCCGUGUUGCUAUUUAAAUGCAUGGACAAGCAUCAACACCCUCCCCAUGUCUUAAAGUACAUGCAAUAUGUUGUCCUGAGCUAGUCACAGACUGGUACGUUUGCGAAACUAUUCAUUCAUUAAAGUUUUUUUUCUUUUAACAAA